AAAUUUGUUUUGUCCCAGCUUGUUUUGCCGUGCAAUUGCUUUUUACACUUUUUGAACCCGCUUAGAAUAAAACAAAAAAUUAAAGAUUCGCAGUGUGUGUUAAAAACGUUCAGCUUAUCAUCUUAACUAUGGCUGAGCAAGAGCCUGUUAACAAUAGCGACACAGAAACCGAAAGUGCUGAGGAUGAAAUUGAACCAAAAUUUAAGUAUCAACGUAUUGCCAAUGACCUGCGAAAAAUUCUCAACUCAGAUGUUGUCACCUGUAGUGCAGUGCACCCGAAGUUUUUGAUGUUUGGCACGUUUUUGGGCCGUAUCUAUAUAUUCGAUCACCAAGGCAAUUCCGUGACUUCACAUCUUUCAGAUGCUCCAACCGAUUUUUCACAUACUGUCGCCGUCAAUCACAUGGAUGUAGACGCCAAGGCAGAAUACGUGGCCACUUGCUCUGAUGACGGCAAGGUAAAUAUAACCGGCCUAUUCAGUGAUGAAAAUAAUCAGAACUUGAACUUCGCGAAAUCGAUAAAAGCAAUAGCUUUAGAUCCAGAUCCCAAGACACCUGCUGGAAAACGGUUUGUUGUAGGCGAUGAUAAGUUAACGCUGUAUGAAAAGAAUUUUCUCAAGAAAUUAAAGACAACCGUGUUAUCCAGCGCUGAGGGAUAUGUAUUAUCAGUUUGCUGGAAUGGUACCUUCAUUGCAUGGGCCAGCUAUCUAGGGGUGCGGGUCUAUGAUCUAAAUGAAAAGUGUUCAUUAGGUCUAAUGAAGUGGGAAGAACCAGCAAACUCCCGCUUAGAGAAUUUCCGUUGUAAUUUCCGCUGGUCAAAUGCAACAACUUUGCUUAUAGGCUGGGUGGAUACAAUACGGAUCUGUGUCAUACGGAGACGAAAUUCUAUUGAAGUAGCUUCACGAGAUUUGCCCGGUUUCAUCGUAGACCCGAUUUCAACAUUUCAAACAACCUUCCACAUAUCCGGCUUGGCGCCACUCACAUCCAAUCAAUUGGUCGUAUUGGGUUGUCCAAAGGAAAAAGAUGCGGAACGUAAAUCACUGAGACCGGUGCUUUGUGUUAUGGAGUAUAAGUUGAAUUCCAGCGAAGAGAUUUGCACUGAUAGUCUGUCAUUGCGUGGAUAUCAAGAAUAUACAGUUAAUGAUUACAGUUUAGGAUGUAUUAUUGAGGAAAAUCGUUAUUUUAUUGUUGCACCAAAGGAUAUAGUCGUUGCAAGUCUUUACGAAACGGAUGAUAGGGUCAAAUGGCUAGUUGACCAUCGCAAAUUUGAAGAAGCAAUGGAAGUUAUAUCAACACACGGCGGAAGCUGGUCGUUACUAUCUGUAGCCAAACUGUAUAUAAAUCACCUACUCGCGAUAAAUAAAUUCGACGAUGCUGCUAAAUUAUGUCUACGUGUUUUGGGCAACAAAAAAUCUCUUUGGGAGGAGGAAGUGUUCAAAUUUGUGAGAUGCCAACAGUUGCGUUCGGUUAGCGCUUAUCUACCUACCUCCGACGACUGUAAGCUUGACCCUCAUGUAUACGAGAUGGUGCUAUAUGAGUAUUUAAAAUUUGAUGUCAAGGGAUUUUUGAAUCUCAUAAAAGAAUGGCCAUCUCAUUUAUAUAAUUGCACGGCAGUCAUAAACGCAAUACACGACAAUUUUCGAAAACAGAAUGCGAAUGAGUUAUUAGAGGCACUAGCAAUACUCUAUUUGCAUCAGCGUGACUAUGAAAGUGCAUUGAGAAUGUACUUGAAAUUACAAAACUCUGAUGUAUUCGAAAUGAUUCGGCGUUAUAAUCUCUAUGAUGCUAUACAUAAAAUGAUUAUACCACUGCUUCAACUGGAUCGUGAGCGUGCAUUUAAAGUUUUAUUCGAACGAAACAAAAUAUCACCGGAAAUUGUUGUACAGCAAUUGGAGCAAAAUCAAGAGUAUUUAUAUUGGUAUUUGGAUGCUUUGGACAAAGUCGACAAAAGUGGUAAAUACCAUUGGAAACUGGUGAAGUUGUAUGCAAAAUACGAACCAGAAAAGUUGCUACCAUUUCUAAAACGAUCCAAUCACUAUCCCAUGCAAGAGGCUUUGGAUGUAUGUAAACGUGAAUUAUUUUACCCUGAAAUGGUAUAUUUGUUGGGGCAAAUGGGUAAUACCACAGAGGCGUUAAAUAUUAUCAUUGAGAAGAUAAAAGAUAUUGAAAUGGCAAUUGAAUUCUGUAAGGAGCACAAUGAUUCGGAUUUGUGGAAUAUACUGAUCGAUGAAUCAGUGAAGGAGCCCGCCAUUGUACUCAAACUCCUGGACGGUAUAGUAGAUUACGUUGAUCCUGUCGCAGUUGUUGAAAAAAUUAAACUUGGCCAAAAAAUACCCGGUCUUCGCGAUGCUGUAGUUAAGCUUUUGUGGGACUAUCGUUUACAGGUGGAAAUUCGUAAAACCGCGCAAGAGAUUCAACUACAAUACUAUUAUGACCAACAUGCUAGAGUAGUUAAUACACAAAAUCGAGGCCGUUGCGUGUCAUCUUCUGAGCAUUGCUUAAAAUGUAAUCGUUCUGUACUUAGCAUGAACGCAAACAUUGCGCCUCUAAAUGAUGUUGUUGUAUUCUUAUGUGGUCAUGUCUACCAUUCUAAGUGUGUUCCCGGCGGCAUCGAGGAUGAACACUGCGAAUUUUGCAAUCCCAGCGAUUUUAAUAAAGAUGACGACUUUGCACUGCUCUUGCAAUAGAAACCUAUCAUAGAUUUUAAUUAUAUCAAAAGGAUUUUUUAUUCAUCAAAACAAAGCGCCUAGAUUAGAGUGAAAGGUUGCUGAUAUCAAUUAUUUCAAAAGUACAGAAGAGCUCAAAAUAAUUUUUUUAAAGUAUUUUGCAAAACUUUGAAUACAACACAUUCACGUAUUCACAGUAAAACUAACAUCCACAUAAUGGGUUGAACUUGAUUUUAUUGAAAGGUUUUCAUAUUCCUCUGAACUUUUCGAAUUGCCUCGUGUCUUUUUAGUACUGGCAACUGGUAGCUCGACCCUUUUGGAAAUGAGGCACUUUUACUUUUCCUUGCUUCCCUCAUCAAAAAGUUCCUUUUUACCUCCCUUUUAUUAGCUCGGGAUGUAACUAUGUAAUAUUGAUGCGCCUAAAACAUGCAGCGAUUUCUAUUCUCAAGUUACAUAUGUACCUGAUGAUAGUACGAAUGGAAAUUAUAAUAGCGAGGUUUUAGUUUUUUAAACUAUAAUUUUAUUAUUUAUAUGUAUGUGCUUUUCACUCUAAGCUAGCGUACGAUUUACAUUAUUUAGCAAAAUAAAACGAUCAUCAAAUCAAAAGGAAAUUUAAAAAAUAUGGUUAAAGAUCUGUUAAUAUGCUGUAGUUUAGGCGAGCAGCUAGUGCAAUUCGGUAGAAGUACAUAAAAAGAAAAUACAACAUCGCAUGCAUUCUCUAAUCACUUGUAAAAUAUUCCUAAAAACUGUCCACUUUCUCAAGGAUACAAAUAUAAUUCCUCUUCAAUGCUAUUCUAUAUAUUAUUAGCUAUUUAGACUUAAGAAAUUUAUUAACGUUGUGGAUGUUUGUUAAAGGGUCGCACUCCCGUUGAAUACGAAAGAACAAACCGCAACCUUCGUAUUUCGCUGCUAAGAUGGAUUACUUAAAACCCAUAUUAAGUAUUAAUCACAUUUUUUUGAAAAUAAAGCUUUUAUAUGAA